AAAAAUAAUCAAAUCUUCAGUUAAUAUAAAAAUGUGUGAUAAUAUUACAUCUUCCCUACAAUAUUCUCAAAUUCCUUCUACUUCAAUAACUAUUGAAGAUAAGGAAGAAAUUAAUAAAAUUAAAUCUUUACCAAUCAAUUCAUCCUCAAAUUUUAGAAAAAUGAUGGAGAGAAUAUUUGAUUUUAAUAGUAAUUCUAAUUGUAAUAUCAAAUCAGAUAAACUAAGUAAAAGGACUAUAUCUAACAAAGAUCUUAAUAUUCCUAAUCGAACCAGAAUUUUACGAUGUGUUCCCAAUUUAAAUUUUAUAAGUUGCAAAAAUGAUAAAAAUAUUUACAAUUCAAAAAUUACAACAAAUCCUGAUAUUAUAUGUCCUUUAAAAAAUGAUAAUCAUAAUAGCACAACCAGCAUUCAUGAACCAUCUAAUCAAUUGAAACCAGAUACAAAUAUGAAACAGAUAUCAACUGAUACAUAUAUACCUUGGACAAUGCCAUUUAAAUUAAGAAAAAAUAACUUAGACACAAUACAAUGCUCCUCAAAUAAUCCAAAAAAUAUAAGUAGGAAACGAAAGAAAAAUUUUAGUUACUUUAAACUUGACAAUUUACUUAAUAUUGAUGGACACCAUUCUGUUAAUACAACUGGUUCUUUUAGAAAAAUUCACCCUAGAAUGAGAAAUACUGAAAAAUAUUCAAACCCUUUAGAACAUAUGAAUGAUGAUAAUCCUAAUAACAUUAAAUUACCUGAAUUUAUAAUUAAUGGAAAAGUUAUUAAGAAUUCAGCUCCAGUACAUCAUGAUCCUACGAUGACAAUAUACCCAUUUAAUUUAUACAAAAUGAAAGAUGACUCGCAACUACCCCGCUUCGACUCUUCUAUAGAAUGCCCUCUCUGUCUUACACGAUUCCCCUCCUCCCUCGAUCCUUCUCCACCCUCUUCCGUUAACAACGGUAAGAAGAGUAAUAAUAGCGAUAAUAACAAUAUAUAUCGCCUGACGUCUUGCGGGCACGGCUUUUGCAGGGAUUGCCUUAGGCGAUAUUUCGAAAUCGAAAUUAACGACGGACGCGUCAACAUAGCUUGCCCGCGUUGUACAGAAAAGGCCAGGCCGCAAGAUUUGCGAGACGUUCUGCUCGGUAAAGAUAUUAAGGCGGCCGUUUCUGGGGAAAGUGUGAUUUCCGAAACUAUUAUUGGUAAGGGGACACGCGAAGGAAAGGAGGGGGUAAGUGAUUCUAAUCAACUGAAUUCCCAUGAGACUACACCUAUGGCAGAUGGGGGCGUGGCAGAAAAAUACUCUGAUGAAAACGUUGAACAAGGCCUGAGAAAAGUUUGCAGCGAAACGGAGAAGGGCAAUUUGGAUGUAGUGGGAACCGGUCACGUACUAUUGAGGAAAUGGGAAAGGUUCACGCUAAGGAGGUUUUUAGUGUCCGAGCCGGACGCUCGUUGGUGCCCGGCCCCAGAUUGCGGCUUUGCCCUGAUAGCCACCGGUUGCGCCAGUUGCCCCAUGCUGAAAUGCGAACGACCCGGAUGCAACACCUACUUUUGUUACCAUUGCAAAAAUGAAUGGCAUCCUAAUUUAACGUGCGACGCCGCUAAAACCUUACGUUAUAACUGCAAUUUCAAUGCUCUCUUUAACGGUGCCUCAACUUCUUCAGCCCUUGCCACGGCUUCUCACCCUGGUGGUAUCAAUUUGGAUUGCCUACCUUUGCAUAGCUCUAUCGGAUCGGAUUCGAACAUAAAAGUGUGUCCUAGAUGCCAGGCCUACAUCAUGAAAAUGGACGAUGGUUCCUGCAAUCAUAUGACAUGUGCUAUUUGCGGCUCCGAAUUCUGUUGGCUCUGUAUGAAGGAAAUAUCGGAUUUGCAUUAUCUAAGUCCCUCUGGCUGUACCUUCUGGGGUAAAAAACCUUGGAGCCGGAAGAAAAAGAUUCUGUGGCAACUGGGAACAUUGGUGGGAGCUCCCAUGGGUAUAGCCCUCAUUGCGAGCAUAGCCAUCCCGGCUAUCAUUAUAGGGGUUCCCAUAUUCGUUGGGCGAAAGAUCUAUACCAAGUACAAAAAAGUAAAGGCGCUAAAUCGAAAUUCCUUGAUCGUCGUGGCCGUAUUGACAUCUGUGAUACUUUCUCCUAUAAUGGCCUGCCUGGCAGUCAGCAUAGGUGCUCCUAUCCUUUUGGCCUACGUUUAUGGGGUCGUUCCUUUCUCUCUUUGCCGUAACGGUUUAUGCGGUGCUAACACUCCGUCAACCCCGUCAAAUACUUCUCCCACCAACGGGGAAACAUCUACCAAUCGAAUCAAAGCAAACAAAAAGAAAAAAGACAAGAAAUCUAAGCAUUCAAAACACGAAAAUACAAGCUCAUCAACCAAUGAUAACUGCGUUGUUCUUAUGGAUAGUAGCUCAAACGAUAAUAAGGAAGAAAUGAAUACCGCCCAUCGAACAAUAGGAGAUGGGGGUGAAGAUGACACUUUUAGAGACAAUGAUAUACCAACUGUGAUAAUCAUAAAAUCCACCCCGAUUUCAUCUUCUCAACCUCCACUCGCCAUCUCUUCUGCUAAUAUCGCAUCCGCUACCUUAAUUCCUUCGGAAGAAACGAACCUUUUAAACCGCGAGGAACAUUCGACCGUUGCCGAUAGAACGAACGACCGUCAUAAUAAUUACGAAGAUUACAAAGUGUACGACUCAAACAACGGUGCAAAGUUAAGUCUGAACGAACGGGUCACUGCUUGGAUGGAUAGACUCAUGAAUACGUAUUCCUCUUAUAACAACAAUAAUACCAACAAUAACGGAUUAACCAAUAGUGGCAAUAAUAACACAUUUUCUAUGAUAGCCUCUUCUUUCAGCAAACCUAAUCGCUUUAACUUUAUCACUCGUAGAGACGAUUUCUCUUCGACAUUCAGAAAUGGGCCGGUAUCAUCUUCCAAGAAAAAGCUAAUCAUGUUUCCCGCAUCCCAAACCGCCCAACCUCCAAACUCGACCUACAUGCUAAUCAAUCAAUCGCGAAAUCGGGAUUCGUCUAAAUCCAACAGUAUUCUACGAAAGAUUCCUAAAUAUUUAACUCCAUUUACCAUGGCGAAUGAUCAAAACGAAGAUAAAUCCAAAUCUUUUAACAAUAUCUGCCAUUCAUCUAAUCUAGACCCCGGCUUCGAACCCAAGGAGCCCAGCAUUAUUAGCAUCGGAAAUUGCUCAGAAAAUAUUCUUUCCUACGACACCUCAAGUCUGACUACCACUCAUUUCGGCAGCACGCAUCACCAAGAACCUGCCAACAAUUCCAUACUUCCCGCUUUCAACAAAUUCGAUGGAAUCUCUUCAAAUAAAUCCGACACAAAAUCGUUGGAGGAUUCGGAAACUCGACAAAAUUAUACUUUCAUCCCAAUCACGAAUGACUUAAAUAACGGUGACCCUGGGAAUGAAGGAGGAAUCGCGGCGUUUCAAGGUGACCAAAUCGAUCUUGAUAUGGCCGAUUUACUUAGUAGAGAGCCGAUGACGCUCGACGCAAAAAUCACUCGCCGAUGCCCUUCUUUUAAGAUUGAACUCAUUAAAGCUGACGUGAUUAAUCUACCUUUGCAUCAUACCAAAUCGCCUAUAAAUGAGCCGACACACGAUGAUUGUAGCGUCAAAAACAACGUUUCACUUUAUAACAACGACACGGAGGAUGAGUGUAACAGCUUAAGAAGCGGAAAAUCUUCUUCGCUCUUGACUGCGUUAACUGACGAUGGGUCUUCUUCAACCAGAGCUAUGGCUGGAUCCAUUGCCUUUAAUAGGGAAAUGGAUGAGGCGAGUAUGAAAGCUUUAGCUGGCUCUGUCAUUAAUGCCCCGAUUAACGAAAACUCAGAUAGUGGUUCUAUUCAUUCACGGCACCGAAUACCGGCUAUAAUCAAAAUUCACAAGAAUCACCCCGCAUCCAUUCUCUAUAAUGAUAAAUUAAAUUUGAAUGCCGAUCUCACUAUAGAAGACAAGAAUAAAACUCUGACCCCUCAAACGAAUUCGCCCAUUCCUAACACCAAUGGCUUAUUCUGCAUAAGCAAUCCUACCAUUUCGAAUCCUAAAACCAAUAAUAAAUACCGAAAUUUUUUGUCGGGCAAUAAGAAGUACAAUAAAUCCAAUAAUCAACCCACGUAUAAAACUGCUCGUUAGAAAAAAAAAUCAAUCUUGUAGACUUUUUUAAUCAUCAGUAUUGAAAGAAUAUUUUUUUUGUGAAUCAAGUAUAUAUUAUUUAAUAUAAUUUUUAUUUAUAUAAAAAAAGAAGAAAAAC